AUGAAGAGAUACACUAUUGAAGAAUUAUUUCAGUUAAAGCCAUCUGAACCAGUCCAACAGGUUGAUUUCGAUGCUGUUGAAUUCAAAGCCAUCAUUGAAAAAGUCAAGAAAAUACAAGCUCUAAGAGAGGAAGAGUUUUUAACUUCCAACCGUAGAAGAUCAUCACAUCACCACCCAACCAGACCAAAGAUCAAGCACAACAAGCCAAAAGUAACUACAGACGAAGAUGGCUGGUCUACCUUUGAACCAAAGUCCGCUACUACUAACGAUGAAAGCGCCAUCGAGGACGACGACACUAACGUUAAAAGCAGAGCUCAAGAAACCGUCAGAGUCAAGCCAAAUAAUAAGAAUAUCGCUUCCAGCAGACCAGCGGACGCCAGAGAUAUCAUUGUCGACAAACAAGUGCAUGGUUUUAAUGCAUUUGCUGCUUUAGAAAGCGAUGAAGAAGAAGAAGAAUAA